AUGAGGCCGGUGUCCUUGUGCCUUCUGACUUCCGCUUGGCACGCUGCUCAUUCGAUAAACAGCCUCGAACUUUUAGCUGCCAAAACUGUGCACUGUGGAGGCUGUAUAAACUUGGGGGGUGGCACUUUGGGAUGUAGUGGAGCAGGGCGCAUUGCAGCAGAUGGACAGGAAGCAAUGCUAGUGUGGGAAAAAGCUGGGGUGAAGCAUCAUGAAGUUGGUGAUCUUUUGGAGAAACGCUAUUCAGCGACUACGGAAGCGCCACCGAAUCAUUUCUCGAAGAGCCUUGCGAAACCUUCCGGGAUUACGGAAGGGUUUUUUGAAGACGAAAAUUCAAAAGCACUCAGUAAUAUAAAAGGAAAAGGUUUUGCUGGAAAUAUCAGAUCCAUUUUAUCUAAGAUAAAAAAUUUUUUUAGAGGAAAGGCUCUUCUAGAGAAAGCAGAAAUCGACGGGGCCCUUGACACCUAUGUUUCGACUUUGACAGGAACACGUUACAUCAAUGUUUCACUGAAUGCUUUUUGUUUCAUGCAGUAUAUCGUUAGGGCAUCAUGUCAUGAUUGUCUGCUUCUAUCGUUCGCUUGCCUAUCAGACCUUCUUGACUGCGUAGAACUUCUACCAUCUGAAAAGCUUCAUGAGAGGCACAAGGAUUUUUGCAAGAAAUUCAACACUACUAGACUUGAUGAUCUGUGCACACAAUUAGGAAAAGAGGCGCUGCAGAUGCUGACGACGGCUUACAGCGACUGCAAAGAGUCAGCUGGACGAGGCCUCGGAAAGUACCCUCUCCGAGAUUUUGUUCUGCCUGCACUUCGGCGCGAAGAUUUUGCUCCGCCUGCACGAUGGGGACUGAUUUCACAGCUACAAAGCCUGUUUUCCCUGGAGUUCCCAACUCGACUGGACCUCCAUAAGCGAGUAGAAAGGGAAAUAAAUAGAAUUCGUGGAAAGGCAGGAAAAUCGACGAGCCAAGGUGAACAAGAUAAAGCCUUUUGGGUAAGGCACAACAUUUGGCAGGAUAGUGCUAGACUCACAUUGAGGUCGUGGCAGUUGGUGGUUCAUGAGAUGAGGAUUAAACCGCAUAUGGACCCAAUGCUUAUUCGUUUAGUACUUCUAUCGCUUUCUUUCGAAAAGUGCCCUAAAAAAAAUGUGCCUUUACUGGUAUCUGGAAAGAAGCAAUCUCUCUCGUCUUCAGAUAUCUACAGAAAAGCACUAGGAGCUGCCCUUUCUGGCAGCAUGCGACUCCAGGAAUGCACUCAAAGCAACAUAACGCAUAACUGUCAGACUCUCUUAAGAUUUCUCAAGUUAAAGAAAUCCCUUCAAGCGUUUUCUGACCUAGAUGAAGACCAUCUUCCAAAUGAACGGACAGACUUCUCUGAUGGAGAAAAAGUGGGUUUGCCAACUGACGAAGAUAUUAAAGACCUACGCCUGGAAAUAGAAGAAGACGCACAAGCAGACAUAGCAUAUGCUAGGACUGCGGCCGAUUCGGGCAGCACAAAGAUUAUAGGCUUUAUUGCCAAGUCGCGGAUCGCCCGAAUUGUGAUCUCUUCCAUUGUCCGCGGAAUACUGCACUUUGUACAGCAUUUUAGGAAAAAAGCGCAGGGGAAAACCUGUAGGCCACGACUUCAGAAAAGAGCUCCGGCGGAGGAGGGCGCGAAACUGCACAGCGAAUCAACUACACAGGCUGUCGCCUUUGUCAUCGGCUCUGCCAGGGCAUCGUCUGUCUAUUGCAUGUCGGGAAAUAGUGGUCUUGCAAAAUUGCAGCAAGAUAUAGUCACAAAAAUAUUAGCAAGUGAGUUGAAAAAAGAACGUGAAAAGCAACUUCCCAAACGAUCGAUUGGGCAGAAACUUAGAGACAUAGUAAUGCAGAGGAAAAAGCAAUUUGCGCCUUCAUUUCUCCUUUCACGGCAAAAACCCCCAUGCUUUAGAAUCCCCUAUUUCAGCUCCACAGUGUCACGUUCACAUGUUAUUCAAGAGCAAGAGACCAAGGUUGCCUUCCCCGAAAGAACCUCUUUGCUGCAAUCUGUCGAAGAGUCUCAAGGAAUGAGCACUACUGCUAAGCUCCUGCUAGCUGGGGGCACUUUCAUCUUUAUUGGCAUUUCCAUGCUGGGUACCAUGGUUCCAGGGGUCCUAGUUGCUGGAAUCAUCAUUGCAGGAAUAGCCGCUUUGCUGAUUCCGCUAAUAAAAAGGGUUAUGGCUUUCUUCUCUAAUAGGAAGAGUGCAAAUGGGGCAGAAGAAGACAGCGAAGCUCUUACCGCUAGAGGAAGAGGGGCGGCAGAAGAUGACGAUUAUGAAUAA